UUGGCGGGUAAUGUGCUCCUUUUUCUCUGCUACUAUGGAAGACCAGACUACCUUCUUCCCUACAUCUUUGCUUUACUUUCCGUAUACGAUACACUAAACAACACAAUAUCUCUUCAGCUAUAUUAAAUACAUACCGUUUACAAAUUCAACCAUUUUCGCACCUUUCCUAGAGCCUGAAACUGUUGCAUGCUUCUAACUGAACAGAGUCUCCAAGCUUUUCUCAAGGGUGGUGGAGAUUAAAUACUUAAUUGGGUCGAUCCCAAACAUUUCAAGACUAUAAACUUUCCCUUGUGUUAAAAAAUGAGAAAGCAAUUGCAGCGCCAGGACACGGGAUUUCCGAGCAGUCAUCAAGGCUGCAUGUGGAGCCUGAUGCAUAUCCUUGAUUACCAUCGUUGGCAUAGUGUCAAGAAGAUGCUUCCAGGCCGAAAGCACAGCAGAGGAAGAAUCAGAGGUAGUGGAAGUCGAAAAGCAACUUUGAAAAACCGCGACAAUGGUGAAAUGAAAGAGUUGGGUGCUGAAGCUGAACCCUUGCUGGUCAAACAGAAUGGUAAAGAAACGAGCUCUGCAAAGAAAAAGUCUAAGAAAUCUCAACUAAAGGCAUCAAAAGCUAAACAGGCAAUUUCUGCAGAAGAAGUCAUGGAGUCCCCACCAAGCGAGAAGCCAAUAACAAGUAAUCAGCUGAAAAAAGACAUUUCCCACGACCAGUUUUAUGAUCAUGUUGAUCUUUUGGAGCUAAUUAAGGCAAACAAGGAAUUUUUCUUAAAAUUCCUUCAAGAUCCAGAUGUUAACAGAAACCAGUUUCCGGGCCUGCACAAGUCCAAUACCAAAGUAAGAUUAACAAAAUCAAGUUCAUUUCCUGUAGCUGAUUCGUCUAGAGCUAGAAGUGUUAUACCUAGCACAUUAAAACACAAGCAGAAUGAAAUCUGGUCCGUCCCAAUGGGAGAAAAACUUCUUGCUAGUACUCGGGCACCAAAAUUAGUGACAUCCGAAUCUCAAGAGGACCUGCCUGAGGGAUUUAGAUAUCAAGGGUGGAAUCAAUUGGUCAUGAGUCGUUUUAAAGAUAUAAAGCAGAAGCUAAUGCAUGCACCGCAGGAGAGCAAGAAGGGAAAUACUCCCACUCCCACUUCCACUGAAACACUCAUCCCUGAAGACCCUUCUGGAUGUGAUGGUAAAGAAAUGUGUGAAACACCAGAGAUGAUCACUGGUGAAGAGAGAAGCAAGAUUGAUGGUUUGGAUGAUACUCUUGGAAAGCGAAAACGCCGUGUAAGUAGAACCUCCUCUCUAGAUGAGUCACUCGAUAGAUAUAGUCAGUUGUUUGAGAGUAGUUGCAGAAGUGAGGCCAAGUUGCAUCACUCCAUGAGUUUAAAGUUAAGAAGUGAAGAAAAAGUUACUUCAACUGGGAAUGCUCAGAAAUCCAUCAGAAGAAAUCUGUCACUACCUGACCUUGACUCUUUGUGUUCCUUUCUAAAUGGGCCACCUAGAGAUGCUUUUCGCUUAGGGAUUCCGGUUAAAAAUGUAGUGGACCACAAGACAAGUAAGGAAAAUGAUAGUCAUAUUGGUCCCAAGUCGGUGAGCCUUAAUGUAGAUACAGGUAAGUCUGAAGGACUAGAAGCUAUUUUAGAGACAGAGUUCCAGAAUAGCAUAGAAGAACAAAGUGACAGAGAGGACCUUCAUGAGUAUGUAGUUGAGCCAGAAGAAGAAGAAGAAAGCCGAACUCAUGAGUAUGUAGUUGAGCCAGAAGAAGAGGAAGAAGAAGAAAGCCGAACUCAUGAGCAACGAGACAUUGGUUUUACGAUGAGUCCUGAAGGAGAGAAAGCACAACCAAGUGGAAGUUGUACUUUUGAAUCUUAUUCUUCAGAGUUGUCAAUCUCAGAAGAACUCUGCAGCAGUGCAAAGUGUGAGCAAACUGAAAUCGAACAGACGAAUGUGGACCAUCACUCCUCACAAUUUGUAGACAAAAUGGAUGAUCCUGAACUCAACUAUGUUAGAGAUGUUCUUGAGCUGUCAGGUUUCAUGGGAAAUGAAUACCUUGGAACAUGGUACUCCAUGGACCAGCCUUUGGAUCCUUCAGUGUUCAAGGAAUUGGAGGCUCGAUUUCAGCAUCAACUCGAUUUUACUGAAAAUUGGGAUCACCAGCUUCUUUUUGAUUUAGUGAAUGAGACACUCCUUGAUAUCCAUGAGAGAUCAUACACCUACUUCCCAAAGGCCUUGUCCUUCAGUGGCUCCAAACACCGUCCAAUGCCGAAAGGGCAGCAUCUUCUUGAAGAUGUGUGGACAAGGAUUAGCUCACAUAUGAGCUUCAGGCCAGAGCUGGUCCAGUCAUUGGAUGAUAUCUUGGCUCGAGAUUUGGCGAAGGCCGAUACUUGGAUGAACCUUCAAUGGGAAACUGAGUGUGUGGCACUCGAACUUGAGGAUUUGAUCUUUGAAGAACUAUUAGAUGAAGUUAUCUGUAGUUGAUGUUAGAUGAACUAUUAGAUGUAGCAGUCCUUGUACAUAAUAGUUUUGUUUAUAGUUUGUUAAUAUAUGUACCUCCAAAGUUUUGCAGUUUCCUAUGUUUUGUUUUUGUUGAACGGAAAAAGUCCUGCUCUUUGCAUCUGAAUGCCAUCACUGCCUUCAAAUUAGAUGCUGAAGAUGUACGAGUAGGUUUGAAGCUGAGUACGAACAUUUGAUGAAAGAGUAGUCAUUUAUGUACUGUCCUUACAGUUAUUGAUCCGGUAGAUGUAAUUUUAUUUGGACCCUAAUUUGGGAUCCCAAACAAUUUCCAUGAUGAUAUGAAACGGUAAAAGAGUCUGAUUCAUAUUGUUUGUAUAAGAGUGGAAAUAUUUUUCUA